AUGCGUUCCUAUAUUAUUGGGCUCCUAUUCUUUUAUCAGGUCUUAACUCUACUCACUGUCAAUUGUGAUGAUUCUAAAGGACCUAAAGUCACAGACAAGGUAUAUUUUGACAUCAAAAUUGGCGAUGGUGACGUUGGACGCGUGGUUAUUGGGCUAUUCGGUGGUACAGUGCCCAGGACUGUCAAGAAUUUCGUGAGUCUGGCGCAAGGGUCUGAUGUUGAUGGCAACUUAUAUGGCUACAAAGGAAGCAUUUUCCACCGUGUUAUCAAGGACUUCAUGAUUCAAGGUGGAGAUUUCACAAAUGGUGAUGGCACGGGAGGGAAAAGUAUCUAUGGUGAUCGUUUCGAAGAUGAGAACUUUAAGCUCAAUCAUUAUGGCGCAGGCUGGUUGUCAAUGGCCAAUGCUGGCCCUGAUACAAACGGAAGUCAAUUUUUUAUUACAUGCAAAGCAACUACUUGGCUUGAUGGUCGGCAUGUUGUGUUUGGAAAAGUCUUGGAUGGCAUGAAAGUGAUACGAGCUAUUGAGAAGACUUCAACGGAUUCCCUUGACAGACCUCUCUCGAGGGUAGUUAUUGUUGAUAGUGGAACACUUGACGUCCCUGAGCCUUUCUCUGUGCCAAAAUCUUCUUCGGACUAG